AUGUUUGGUUCUUGGACAUACUCUCAAGAUUUGUUGGAUCUCGAAUUAUUAGGCGGUGAGCCGCAUUAUGAGCUUGAAACGAGUGCAAACGGUGAAGUGGAUAAUAUCACCAUUGUUGAAGAUGGAAUUGAUCUUUCGGAUUAUUAUCCAUCGGUAGAGUGGGAUAUUAUAUCACGAGUGGCAAAAAGAAGAACUAAAAAUUAUUCUAGCUGUUGUCCGGAUGAAGCUUAUACUGACAUUAUGUAUUAUUUGGAAUUACGUCGGAAACCGUUGUUUUAUACAGUAAAUUUGGUUUUUCCAUGUGUUGGCAUAUCAUUUCUAACCAUUCUCGUUUUCUAUUUACCAUCGCAUAGCGGUGAAAAAGUUACCCUUUGUAUAUCAAUUCUGGUUACCUUAACUGUCUUCUAUUUACUGUUGACGGAAAUUAUCCCUGCUACCAGUAUUAGUUUACCAUUAAUUGGUAAAUAUUUAUUAUUUACUAUGAUUAUGGUUACACUCAGCGUAAUAGUCACUGUCAUAUCCCUGAAUUUGCAUUUCCGAAAGCCUACGACACAUCAAAUGCCUGAAUGGGUAAAAUGGAUUUUUCUUAAGACAUUACCCAAAAUGUUAUUUAUGAGACGGCCAAUAAAUGAUGCAGACGAUCUGUUUUGUAAAGGUGAACGGAUAACGAUAAACUACCAUGAACAUAUAGUAAAUGGAGAUGGUGAAACUUUAAUUCGGACUGAACCGGAUGAGAGGAUUCGGAAGUUAUACCAUUCACCGCAUGUGAUAAAAGCAUUUGAAAAUAUCUGCUUUAUUGCGGAAUUGCUCAAGAAAAAAGACAAAGAUGCUAAAGUGGACGAAGAUUGGAAUUACGUUGCAAUGGUACUGGACCGAUUGUUUUUGUUACUUUUUUCAAUUGCAUGCUUUUCAGGAACCAUUACAAUUCUUCUUCAGGCACCAACACUCUAUGACACUCGACAACCAAUCGAUUUACAAUAUCGACCCACAAAUAUUACUUAA